AAAUAAGGGAUACCAACUUUACAUUACAAUAUCCCUAAUCCCGCCGCAACGCAAAAUAGGAUAAAUUAAAUCAAUUGUACAGAAUUAUUAAAUAAAAAGGUGUGAAAUUUUAGUUAUGACGGAAUUAUACAGUUAUAAACGAUAUGAGAAAUCAUUGGGGCUACUUACUACGAGAUUUGUGUCACUUCUUCAAAAAGCAAAGGAUGGUGUUUUGGAUUUAAAAGUCGCCACUGACUUAUUAGCUGUUAGACAAAAACGAAGAAUAUAUGAUAUUACGAAUGUUUUAGAAGGAAUUGGACUUAUUGAGAAGCGUAGUAAAAACAGUAUACAAUGGAAAGGAGCGGCCCCUGAUUCUAAUACAUCAGAUGUUGGGUUGAAGGUGAUCCAAUUAAGAAAAGAAAUAAAUUUUUUAGAAGAACACGAGCAAUUAUUAGAUAAGCAAAUGCACUGGAUAGAACAAAGUAUUAAAAAUGUUAUUGAUGACGCUGACAAUGAGGCUUUGACUUAUGUAACAGAAAGUGAUAUUAAGGAAUGCUUUGAGGAUGACCAAAUUUUUGUUUUGGAAGCCCCUCUCGGUGCUGAUUUGGCUGUUGGACGUGUUUAUAGCAAUGAGCCAGGAAAAGAUAAUAAAUUAUGUUUACAUGUGAAAUCUAACAAUCCCAUCGGAGUUAUAUUAUUGUGUGAUGUGGAAAAAGAAAAGGUCACAGAGGACGAAAACAUGGACCAAGAAGUGCAAAGUUACACGGAUGGUGCUGAAGAUAAUGUAUUGCAAUGCCCUAAUUAUCUUCUAAGAUUAAGUCCACCUGCUACUAAGCAAGACUUUUCCUUUUCGUUGCGUGGUUCGGAAGGUUUAUGUGAUCUCUUUGAUAUUCCGUGUUGAAAAAUCAUGUUAGUUUUUGAUAUACAUUCUUAUUUUUUCUAUACUUAAUUAGUGGUCUAUGAAAGACUACGUUAGUUUUGAUAAUCAAUUUAACUUUUUUUGGAUCUCUGAUAAUGUAAAUAACAUCAAAAAGUUUAGGUAGUCAUGUAUAAAAAACUAUUUCUAUGUAUAAGAGUAUAUUUCUUUUUUAGAGGAUGUUAAGGGGUUAAGUGAAAUAAAAUCAACUUUUUUACUAAAA